GCAGUUCAGUCCGCCACUCCUCCGGCUUUCCGUAGAAAAGCGAAAGCAUCCUCCUGGACGAGAAUGUCAUAUGUCAAACUGGUGUCGCUGUGUGUCGCAGCUCCGGCCCUGCUGAGCGAGGCGAAGAAGAAGAGCAGCUGUCAGCCUGCUCUGAGCAUUGAUGAGCUGCCCUCGUUGUACACCAGCCCCGAGGUGGAGCCUCUUCACGUGGAGCCAGAGGCCGGUCCUCUGGAGCAGAGCGUCGCAUCGCUGAGGAAACUGGCCGAACCGUACACGAACCGGUGCCAGCAAACAGGCCAAGCUGCAGUGGAGAGAGUUGAGCGAGUUUACAAGACUGUGGAGCCGACAAUCAGCUCGUCCAUAACGACCGUCACAGAUGUGUACCAGUUCCUCAGUAACCCCCCUCCUGACCUCUACCCCAGUGUGGCCGUGGUGGGCUUCUCCGGCUUCCUGGGACUUUAUAUGGCCAAAGGCUCCAGAGUGAAGCAGCUGGCGUUUCCCGUUGGACUCAUGGCGCUGACUGCCUCCAUGUUUUACCCUCAGCAGGCUGCGUCGUUACUGAAGGGGAGUCGGGAUUCGGCAUACACCUUGGCUCAGCAGGGCCGCGUCACCGUGGAGACGCUUUGGAAAGAGCCUCCGUUUGGCAAAAAGAAGAAAGAGAGAACAGAGAGCAACGACUCGGCCGACAGCUGAGACGGCAAGAAGACACACACCUGAGAGAACGUCCAGUAACACACCUACACACUAACACACACACACCUGUACGACUCCUGUCUUUCACACAACUUCACAGACUUCUCACUAAACUCAGAAAUACUCAGUUAGAGUUAGAGAGUAGGACAGAAAAUUAAUCAACCAACAUUUUGAUAAUAAAUUCAGUUAUUUUGAUGGUUCCAUCUUCACGAAAAACUUUUCAUCAAUCACAAUCACCUUUCUCAUUAUUUUCUGGCCUUUUAAUGGACCAAACCAAUAAUAAAUGAAUAAUAGAAAGAAAAUGAUCACCAAACUAAUAAAAAUAAUAUAAGUUGCAGCUGCUAAUAGAAUAAAUAUGGAUAUAUUUAUGUUUUCAGUCUGUUUUGUUUGUCUCUUCUUGUGUUUGUUAGCAGAAUAACUUAAGAACUUGUCGACAGGUUUCAAAGAAAGUGAAAUGGAACGAUGCAGAUUUAUUAUUUUCUGUUAUUUCUGUUACAAAUUUAGAGGAUUGUGACAAACACUGAAAAUUCACAGUAUUUUACAUUUGAAACACGGCUCCGUAACUUUAAGAAAGUUUCUCAGAUAGUUCAGUAUUUUGGGAAAUACACACAUUCAUUUUAUUUUCGAGGAUUUGAUGAGAAGACUGAUAUCACUCUCAUGUCUGUACGGUAAAUAUAGAGCUGGAGCUGACGGCUGGUUAGCUUAGCUUAGCACAAAGACUGGAAACGGUAGGAAACAGCUAGCCUGGCUCUGUCUAAAUGUUCCAAAAAUCCACCUACCAGCACCUUUAAAUGGAUUAACAUGUUAAUUAUUUUAUGUUUAAUCUGCACUAAAACCAUUCUUGUCUAACUUCCUGUUGUCUCAGAUGGUUGCUAGGCAGCCGGAGAUGUUAAUCAUUGAGCUUUUAAAGGUGCUGGAAGGUGGCGGAGGAGCCAGGCUAGCUGUUCCCCCCUGCUUCCAGUCUUUAUGCUAAGCUAAGCUAACCAGCUGCUGAAUGUUCCUUCAUAUUUACCGUAAAGAUAUGAGAGUUAAUAGAUUUUUUUUGUGUUUCUCAAAAGGUCAAACUAUUCCUUUAAGCCUUUUCUUUGUUAUAUUAAGUACUAGCCACAUUAUACAAUACCACGAUUACUCGGCUUUUAAAGAGGCUUAAUCGGCAAAAAAUAACACAAAAAAAGAAGGUUAAAGUUUAUUUAUAUAGCACAUUUCAGCAACAAGCAAAACUAGAAUAAUACAGUGUAUGAAAUAGUUUAACAAAAGGAAGCGUCAACAGAAAAGUGCACAGUGUCUCGGUUCUCCUGAGCUAUUUGCAUAUAUUCAAAUUAGUACAUAUGCAAAUAUUUGGUGCAAAAUAUGUCUCUUUUUUUAAUGCAAAUGAGCCUCAUUGCAUAACUCAUUUAUUAUGGGAUCCAGUGGCAGGAUGAAAUACUGUCACUGGAAUGCAUGAGAGAGAAAUAUUUGGUUAUUAUAGAAACAAAUAAACAUUAUUUCUUCGGUCUCUGCAUUAAAAAAAAAGGUAAAUUUAUGAACUUUAUGUGCAUUCUUGCGCUGUAAUGAGCUAAACAUCUUUUUGGUGAAUUCACCCGUCACUGUUUAAUAUUUCUAUCAAACAUGUCAAAGUAUUUAUUUCCCCAGUUUGAUGAGUAAAGGGCCAAAUAAUGUGUUUAAUAACAGAUAAAUGUUGGCUGUUCUUGUCUAAUAAUGCUCUGUAUAUACACUGUGUGAGGUUUUAUUUUAAUGAGAUGUAAUUAAAUCUGCCCUCUGACUGAG